AUGUCUGAGCAAGACCUUCAUCAAAUUGAAUACAAUGAAUUGAGAAGUAGAUGUAAAUACUACAUCGAUAUAUAUAAUGUAUUGUAUCAAUUGAAAACAGAAAACGAAGAAGAAUUAAAGUCAAUUUACAAAAUGAUCAAAACCGAAUUGAUUGAUUCAAAGAAUUAUCUUCCCCAAAAUAUAAUCAAAGACAUUUUAGACAUAAUUCCAUAUAAUAAUCGCUAUACAAAGUCAUAUUUAUAUCUUGCCAAAUUCGUAUAUGAUGAUUAUAAUGUAAUAUAUGUCAACAAUGUUGAACCUAUUUCAAAAUUCCUGUUUUACAAAGAAUUUGGAAUUAGAUUAGACAAAUCUGGUGAUUUCAUAAAUAUUCAUUAUGAAGAUCGCGAUAUUUUUACAAAAAAUACAAUUUACAGAGCAAUUAUGGAUGAUGAUAAAGAAAGAUUCAUCUACUUCAUUGAAAGCGAAGAAUUUUACGAAGAUCAACAACUUUAUAGCAAUUUUUCCCACAAGCUCAUAAAGGAUAUUCAUUGCUUGAAUUAUGUUGUUACUACGGAGCAGUUAAUUGUUUCAAGUUAUUAA